GAGAUAGAUGAGCUGAGGACGGAGAUGGAUGAGAUGAGGGACAGUUUCUUCGAGGAGGACGCUUGUCAGCUUCAAGAAAUGCGCCACGAACUGGAGCGAGCCAACAAGAACUGCCGGAUCCUUCAGUGCAAGGCCGAGCGCAAGAGGCUCCGCUAUGCCCAGACCGGCGAGAUCGAUGGCGAGCUCUUGCGCAGCAUGGAGCAGGACCUCAAGGUUGCAAAAGAUGUAUCAGUGAGACUUCACCAUGAGUUAGAAAACGUGGAAGAAAAACGUACUGUAACAGAAGAUGAAAAUGAAAAAUUAAGACAGCAGCUUAUAGAAGUGGAAAUUGCCAAACAAGCACUACAGAAUGAACUGGAAAAAAUGAAAGAGCAAUCACUGAAAAGAAGAGGGAGCAAAGACCUACCAAAAUCAGAAAAAAAGUCACAGCAGACACCAACAGAGGAGGACAAUGAAGAUCUGAAAUGCCAGCUACAGUUUGUCAAAGAAGAAGCAGCCUUGAUGAGGAAGAAGAUGGCUAAGAUCGAUAAAGAGAAAGACAGAUUUGAACAUGAGCUGCAAAAAUACAGAUCGUUUUAUGGGGAUUUGGACAGUCCCUUGCCAAAAGGUGAAGCAGGUGGACCACCUACCACAAGAGAAGCUGAACUCAAACUUCGAUUGAGACUUGUGGAGGAGGAAGCUAACAUUCUUGGGAGGAAAAUAGUGGAACUAGAAGUAGAAAAUAGAGGACUGAAAGCAGAGCUUGAUGAUUUAAGAGGAGAUGAUUUCUCAGGGACUGCUAACCCACUCCUGGGAGAGCAGAGUGAAUCCCUGUCAGAAUUACGACAGCAUUUGCAGCUAGUAGAAGAUGAAACAGAAUUGCUGAGGAGAAAUUUAGCUGAUUUGGAAGAACAAAACAAGCGCAUUACAGCUGAGCUGAACAAAUACAAGUACAAGUCUGGGGCACAUGAGAGCUCUAGGCACCAUGAUAAUGCCAAGACAGAAGCGUUACAGGAGGAGCUAAAAGCUGCACGAAUGCAGAUCAACGAGCUGAGUGGCAAAGUCAUGCAACUCCAGUAUGAGAACAGAGUCUUAAUGUCCAACAUGCAACGCUAUGACUUGGCCUCUCAUCUUGGGAUCCGUGGCAGUCCCAGAGACAGUGAUGCGGAAAGUGAUGCAGGAAAAAAAGAGAGUGAUGAUGAUUCCCGCCCCCCUCACCGCAAAAGGGAAGGCCCCAUCGGUGGGGAAAGCGACUCUGAAGAGGUACGCAACAUUCGGUGCCUGACACCCACGAGGUCUUUUUAUCCAACACCAUCUGGGUGGCAGAAAAGCUUCACUGACAGGCAGCAGUUGAAGGACAUUCGCUCUGAAGCUGAGCGGCUGGGCAAGACAAUAGAUCGCUUAAUUUCUGACACAAGCACUAUCAUAACAGAGGCGAGAAUUUAUGUAGCUAACGGGGACCUCUUUGGACUGAUGGAUGAAGAAGAUGAUGGCAGCAGAAUACGCGAGCAUGAGCUUCUUUACCGGAUCAAUGCACAGAUGAAGGCCUUCAGGAAAGAGCUCCAGGCUUUCAUAGACAGACUCGAAGUUCCAAAGUCUUCGGAUGAUCGAAGUGCAGAUGAACCUUUGUCAGUGAGUCAGAUGUUCCAGCCUAUCAUUUUACUUAUUCUCAUCCUUGUAUUAUUUUCAUCCCUUUCAUACACAACAAUAUUUAAACUUGUCUUCCUUUUUACACUAUUUUUUGUACUGUAAACCAUUCAUCAUUUACUGUUCAUUGUAGUAUUAUUUUCAGUUUGUUUAUUUUGUCCACCCUCCAAGAUAAGAAGUGCAAGAGACAUAGUUUCUGUAAUAGCCACUGCUGUAAAAACACUGAAGACUACUUGUUUGCCAAAACCAAAACAAAACCAAAAA